AUGGAGGCGGAAGCGGACCUGUUGCGCCAGUUCCCGCUCCUUCUGCCCCAGAACCGGGCCAGAACCGUGUAUGAGGGAUUCAUUUCCGCUCAGGGAAGAGAUUUCCACAUUAAAAUUUUGUUGCCUGGAGAUUUACAAAUGAAAAAUGCAAGAUUACUAUGCAGUUGGCAGCUGAGAACAAUACUUAGUGGAUACCAUCAAAUAAUACAACAGAGAAUGAAGCACUCUCCUGAUCUAUUGAGCUUUAUGAUGGAGUUGAAGAUGGUCUUGGAAGUUGCUUUAAAGAACAAGCAAGAGCUCUCUAUUCCACCUCCUCCACAGUUCUACUCAAGUGUUAUUGAAGAUCUUGGAGUUUUGGGUUGGGAUAAACUUGUUUAUGUGGAUUCUUGCUUCAGUACCAUCAAGUUAAAAGCUGAAGAUGCUUCUGGUAGAGAGCAUCUAAUCACUCUCAAAUUGAAGCCAAAGUACCCUGCAGAAUCACCUGAUGUUUUUGUGGAUUUUCCUGUCCCUUUUUCCUUUUCUUGGACACCGCAGGUCACUGACAAACCCGAAAUGCAUAAGAAAAUUGCAAUUUUAUCCAUAAAGAGCUCUUUACUAAGUAUUCAUAGUCAGUUUUUGACAGCAUUAGAAUCACUGAAGGUGUUCUGGGAUGUUAUGGAUGAAAUCGAUGAGAAGACUUGGGUUCUUGAGCCAGAAAAACCUACACGGAGUUCGAAAUCACGAAGGAUUGUUAUAGGGAAUAAUGCUUCAAUAAACAUUGACGUAGACCCUCGGCAUCCUACUAUGCUUCCCGAAUGCUGUUUUCUUGGAGCGGAUCAUGUAACAAAACCCUUGGGAAUCAAGCUGAGCAGAAACAUACAUUUAUGGGAUCCAGAAAAUACUCUAUUACAAAAUUUGAAAGAUGUUUUAGAAAUUGAUUUUCCAGCUCGAGCUGUCCUAGAAAAAUCAGACUUUUCUAUGGAUUGUGGAAUUUGUUAUGCCUAUCAACUGGAUGGUGCCAUUCCCGAUCAAAUGUGUGAUAAUCCAAAGUGUGGACAACCUUUCCAUCAAAUAUGCUUAUAUGAGUGGUUGAGGGGACUACUGACUAGUAGACAGAGUUUUAACAUCAUAUUUGGUGAAUGCCCUUACUGUAGUAAGCCAAUUACCUUGAAAAUGUAUGGGAAGAAAUCCUGAAAAAAAAAAAGAAUUUGGCAUUCUCAUAAAGAACUGGAAAUUUGAAAAAUUAUCUUCAGAGAAAAUAUAUAGCAAAACACACUAAUAUCAAAAUACAG